CGUCCGAAAAUCGUCCGAAAUGGAAACCGAAGCUUUUAAUACGGAAUUAUUAAUUGAUGAAAUAGAGAAACGUCCUGCGAUAUGGGACAUGACAAGUAGCGAUUAUUCAGAUAAGAAUUUGAGAAGACGGGCUUGGGAAGAACUCGUCCUUAUAUUUUGUGAAGGACAUGACAAUGAAGAAAAGAAGAAAAUAUUAUCGUCAUCCCUGCAAAAAAAGUGGAAGAGUUUACGGGAUAAUUAUAUGAGAGAGGUGAAGAAAAUAAAGACUGUCAAAUCUGGAUCAGGAGCUUCCAAAACUUCGACAUAUAUUCAUUAUAAUAGACUACAAUUUCUACAGGCAUCAAUUGCCAACAAAGAUACAGAAAGUAGUUUCGAUGCAGAUAAUGCAUCAACUUCGUCAGAGGUUGCUGAAGUAAAAAUAAGUUCUGGCUUUAAGAGUCCUAAAUCUACUUCAAGAAAAAAACAAAAAUUAAAUCCUGCUGAUGAAAGAUUUGCAAACAUAUUAGAGCAGAGUUUAGCACAGAAAAAUGUGUCUCAUCCAAAAGAAGAUGACGAUGAAGACAAGCUGUUUUGUUUGUCACUCGUUAAAGAGAUUAAAAAAAUUCCGGAAUAUAGGCGACUUCAAACUAAAAUUGCCAUUUAUAAUUUAAUUUUGCAAAACCAAAAUGAAUUUCAAGGACCACAACAACAGACAUAUGAAUAUCAAAAUUACCCGGUAUCACAACGAAGAAAUUAUUCAUCACAAGAGCAGCGUCAUCAGUCAUCAGCUUCUGUUGAAGGCUUUCGUUAUUAUGAUUAUAGAUCACAGCAGUCUAGUGUGUCAAAUAAUUUUGCACAUUAUAGUUAUACUACAGCAAUGGGGUCUCCAUCGCCAGUAACACCUACUCCAUCGCCAGCACCAACUAAUGUCAGCAAUGAAUCAGAGUUAGAGUUAUUCUGCGAGUAACAAAAUGUUAUUUUUUCUUU